AUUGCAUUUAAAUUUGAAUUAAGCCGGUCGCCAAUGGAAGUCUCGAAGAAAGUUGCCAUGUUAAAUUUAACGAAUCAUUUAUUUCGAAUUUAUUUCCGAAUAAAUAAGCUGAACCUAUUGAAACCGUUGAUACGAGCAAUUGACAACUGUGGUCAUCUUUAUGAGUUCUUUUCAAUGUCUGAUAAGAUUACUUACAAAUAUUAUUUGGGGCGGAAAGCAAUGUUUGAUUCCGAUCUCAAAUUAUCUGAACAUUCACUAUCAUAUGCAUUCAGAAAUUGUCCAGCUGAAUGUCAUCGAAACAAGCGUCUUAUUCUCAUGUAUUUAAUACCCGUGAAAAUGUUUCUUGGUCAUAUGCCUACUAUUCAGCUUUUAAUUCAAUAUCAGUUGGAGCAGUUCUCGAUUGUUGUUGAAACAUUUGCACGGCAUGAAGAUUUUUUCGUUGAAUGUGGAAUAUUUUUAAUGUUGGAAAAAUUAAAAAUAAUUACAUUCCGGAAUUUGUUCAAAAAAGUUUCACAUUUUGUUGGCUCCCAUGUAAUACCAUUUGACGCAUUUAUGUGUGCUUUAAAUUGGUUGGGUAUUGACGAUAUUGAUCAAGAUGAAUUGGAAUGCAUUAUUGCUAAUCUAAUUUGUGAGAAGAAAAUUAAAGGCUAUAUAAGUCAUCAGUUCAAAAAAUUGGUACUGAGCAAAUCGUCACCUUUUCCGCCAUUAUCAACAAUUAAAUAA